AUGUCCGAGGCCAAAGCCUCUGAAGCAACCAGUCAAGUCGCAGUUUCGACAGCCGAAUCGCCAGCACCGCCAACCCCGUCCGCUUACAUGGCGGCUGAGGGAGUGACUACGGAUGACAGUAUCAGCGAAAGCAAGGAUCCGGACCACAAACGACAGACUUGGGGAAAUGGAGUUCAAUUUCUGCUGACCUGCAUCUCAUUUGCUGUCGGAUUGGGAAAUAUCUGGAGAUUCCCGGCACUCGUCUACGAGAAUGGAGGAGGUAAGCACGAGAUAAAGACAAUCCACGAAGUCGCCUUUGUUUCAGGAACCUUCCUGAUCCCCUAUUUCUGCUGCUCCAUGAUCAUUGGAUUCCCCGUUCUCUACCUCGAGCUGAGUCUUGGUCAAUACGCUCGCGCUGGCCCCAGCGUUGUCUACGGUCGAAUGAAGCCUGCGUUCCAUGGACUCGGCUGGACGAUGGUUUUGAAUUCAUUCAUUACAGCUGUCUACUACAAUGUCGUGGUUGCCUGGACCAUAAUUUACAUGUCGAUGGUAGUCAUUCGGCAAGAUUACAAAUGGUCUGAGUGCAGAGGGGAGCAUAAUACCAUCUGUAAGCAAACUGUGUUAUGUUUACAAUUUCAAUCAUCGCUUUUAGAUUGCCAAUCAUACAAAGAAAACCAAGCCUGCACGCAAGAGUUGGGUGCACCGUCAUUCUAUUUCAAUCGCUCAUGCUUUUUGAACAACGAUACCGCGGCCAUCUUGACGAGGAAUACAACGUUCUCCGAUAAAAAUGCCGUUUCUCCCACCGAAGAAUUCUUUGAGUAGGGAUUAAUGUAAAGUUAUAUUAUAUUUCAGUAACUACGUCCUCCAACGAGCUCCAGAGGCGAAUGAUUUGGGUUUGAAUUGGAUCAUGGUUGGCUCAUACUUCGGCGCCUUUGCCCUUACAGCGUUGGCCAUGUAUAAAGGUCCCAAAAUCCUCGGAAAGCUGUCGUAUGUAAUGGCCGUGGUGCCCUACAUUAUCAUCGCGAUCCUGUUCGGUCGAGCUGUUACCCUGGAAGGAAAGGACAUUGGUCUGCACUACUAUUUACUCGAUUUCAAAUGGGAAGUUCUCAUCGACCCAAACGUAAGUUUAUCACACACAAGAAGCUGAAUUUAUGUUCAGGCCUGGCAGGCGGCAGCUACGCAAGUCUGCUUCAGUUUGUCUCCCGGAUUUGGUGGAACCUUGUCUUUCGCCACUUACAACAAGAGAUCUCACAAUGUGUAUAGGGACGCCUUGCUUAUAUCCUGCGCCGAUUGUUUCAUGUCCGUUUUUGGUGGAACCGCGGUCUUCUGCAUGCUCGGGUUCAUGAGUCAGUCACUUGGAGUGGGCAUUGAAAAAGUCGUCAAGGUAAGUAGUGGGACAAUAUCUUUUGUUUUGUAGAGCCUUUUGUGAUGUAAUCUUACCAUUUCUGUACCUUGACCUUUGUUUUUAAGGAUGGAACAGCUCUUGCCUUUGUUGUUUAUCCUGAAGCAAUGGGUUGGCUACCGAUUCCUAGUCUGUGGUCUUUCCUGUUCUUUCUUAUGCUUUUCCUGCUGGGAUUCAGCACCGAAUUUGGCUUCCUCGAGGCUGUUAUUACUGCAUUCUCGGAUCAAAUCCCAAUUCUCCAUCGAUACAAGGGACUCACAACGCUCGGAGUCUGCUUUUUCUGCUUCCUGUGUGGUUUGACCAUGUGCACUAGAGUGAGUCUUCCCUCUGUUACUGCUCUCUUUCUGUGUACUAUCAUACAAUCUCAACUUUCAGAGCGGAUUCUACUACUUCAGCAUAAUGAAUAGUUAUGCGGCUGGAUUCUCGCUCACAGCGUGUCUUUUGUUUGAGUCUUCGUUGAUCGCUCAUUGCUACGGCCUUAAAAAGUACUUGGUGGAUCUAAGGGCAAUGUUUGGACCUCCAAAACAUUUCCUGGGAAAGUUGUUUGGACCUACUGGAUUUUACGUUCAGUUCAUCUGGUUAAUCGCGAGUCCCUUUCUCUGGGGGGUAAGUUCAAGUUUUUUGAAAAAGUAAAUCAUAGUCUGUUUUGACAAAGUAAAACCGAAACCAUGUGAUUAGAAAAAAAGAAAAAUUGAUUGUGGUCCAGCAAAGAUUAUGGCAUAACGUUAAAACUUUAUGAGUUGGGUAGCCAAUCAACGUUAGCCCAACCCAGGAUCCCAUACGGUUCUCGUCAAAAUCUUGGGCUGGAAUUCAAACCUUCUUAAACAUGGCCAAUCUGUCGGGAAAAUAAUGAGGACAAUGUGGCGUGGACAAUCGGGUCGCUGCAGUGAAAAACGAACUGUAUCCCAGCGAAAUUUGUCACAUGUGCUGAUUAUUUUCCCGACAGAUUGUAGCAACCAGUUCCUCUAUUUUGGCAAUGCUUUUGCGAGAUUUUAGAUCAUUUUAACUGUUAAGUUAACUAACUGAUCUUAUGGUAUGUAAAAAAUGCCGGAGCUUGAGAAUCACGUGGAUUCGAUUUUGUUCAGUCAGAGCAGGCGAAGACUGAAAUUAUUUCAGUUGUUACUUUUCAAUUUUCCAGGGCAUAACAGUGGUUACUCUCUACAAACAGGUCGUCUACCGUCCAAGUGCUGGCAAAGAUCACAGUCUUUAUUAUUUCCCCGAUUGGCUGGUGGCUAUGGGAUGGUUAAUCUCGGUCAUUCCUUUCUGCACCAUCCCCGGAUUCCUCGUCUACAAUAUCGUUCAAUUCAAGAACCAGAAUCAGGUAAGGGUCCCUUAUAUCUGCUGCAUUUCUAUAUGGGUGCUAAUUCAUUAAUUUUGAUUACUUCAGUCACUGUCCGAGCUUUGGAAAUGCCAACCAGAAUGGCCCUCUUACAAAUGGCAAAGACCAGAGGAAUAUCAGCAGUUGAAGAAGGAGAGAAAGGAAGAAAAAGAGAGACAGAAAGAGAAGGAGACGAACAAAGAGAAAGGAAUGGAAGACAAGGAGAAGGAAGAGAAGGAGACGGAUUCCCGGUAGCAGGAAUUGAACUUCAGAAAGAACGAAACACCUCGUAGAAGGAUUUAUAUAUUAUUACUGAUAAUUGUCCGGUUUAUAGUAAACUUUGGUACAAUUAUUGGAAGUUCUUGAUGGAUAAUAUUCCGAAAAUAAUUGAACAUGGGGUAUUUCGGGAUGUGGUUUGCCAAAUAACUAGCGAAAAGGUACGGGACCAAAAAAUAUAUUUUUUAUGUAAAUUACAGUAAUUUCGUUCUUCGGAAACUUCAAUUUCAAAACAUGAAAAAAGAAUUGAAACUCAUUUUUGUUUGUGAUUUUCAUUCAUUUUGACUCAGUCUAGAGUCUUGCAAUUAGUUCGUUUUUCCAAAUCAUCCAACGACAGAAUCACCGGAACUGUCGAAGGAAAGCAAAGAACAAUGCCUGAGGCAAAAACUUUCGAAUCUGAAAAGCAGCUUACGAUCUCAAACGUCGAAUCGUCCGCUCCGCCAACUUCAUCAGUUUAUGUGACAGCCGACGGAAUGCCUACAGAGGACAGUAUCAGCCACGAGAAGGAGUCAGAUCAGGACCGGCAGACUUGGGGGAAUGGAAUUCAAUUUCUGCUGACCUGCAUCUCAUUUGCUGUCGGAUUGGGAAAUAUCUGGAGAUUCCCGGCACUCGUCUACGAGAAUGGAGGAGGUAAGGAGAAGAUAAAGGCUUUCCUUGAGGUCGUAUUUGUUUCAGGAACCUUCCUGAUCCCCUAUUUCUUUUGCUCCAUGGUGAUUGGCUUCCCCGUUGUCUACCUCGAGCUUAGUCUGGGUCAAUUCGCUCGUGCUGGCCCCAGUGUUGUCUUCGGCCGGAUCAAACCAGCUUUCCAUGGUAUUGGCUGGACGAUGGUUUUGAAUUCAGUCUUCAUAGCCAUCUACUACAACGUCGUGGUGGCCUGGAUAAUGAUCUACAUGGUUAUGGUAAUCAUUCGUCAGGAUCACAAAUGGUCUGAGUGUAGAGGAGAUCACAACACCAUAUGUAGGCAAAAAGAUUUUGAUCUAAUUUUUUAGAUUGUCAAUCGUACAGAGAAAACCAAUCAUGUACGGAACAGUUGGGUGCACCUUCAUUCUAUUUCAAUCGCUCAUGCUUUUUGAACAACGAUACCGCGGCCAUCUUGAUCAAGAAUGCAACGUUCGCCGAUAAGAAUGCCGUCUCUCCCACCGAAGAAUUCUUUGAGUAGGGAUUGUUGGUAAUCUAAAGUACAUGUAAUGUUACAGUAACUACGUCCUACAACGAGCUCCGGAUGCCAAUGAUUUCAGUCCGAAUUGGAUGAUUAUUGGAGCAUUCUUCGUCUCAUUUACCCUUACUGCUGUGGGUAUGUAUAAGGGUCCCAAAAUCAUUGGAAAGUUGUCGUAUUUUUUGGCCAUCGCGCCCUACGCGAUUAUUGCGAUUCUGUUUGGUCGAGCAAUAACUUUGGAAGGAAGAGACAUUGGAUUGCAUUACUAUUUACUCGAGUUUAAACCGGAAGUUCUCGUCGAUCUAAGAGUAAGCUUUUUGGUGAAACUAGGGCGCGAUCUGCAGAGAAAUGAAUUGAAAUUUGUUUUGCUUGAUGACUUUGCAAGUGGAAGAUUGUUCAUUUCCAGGCCUGGCAAGCAGCAGCUUCUCAAGUUUGCUUCAGUUUAUCCAUUGGAGUUGGUGGAAUUCUCUCAUAUGCUACCUACAACAAGAAAUCUCACAAUGUAUUCAGGGACGCCUUUGUCAUAGCCUGCGCCGAUUGUUUCAUGUCCGUUUUUGGCGGAACUGCGGUCUUCUGCAUGCUUGGAUUCAUGAGUCAGUCACUUGGAGUCAAUAUUGAAAAGGUCGUCAAGGUAAGUAGUAGGCUACUGUGAAAAUAUAUUUUGUUUCAGGAUGGAACGGCUCUGGCCUUUGUUGUUUACCCAGAAGCAACGAGUUGGCUACCGAUCCCGAGCCUCUGGUCCUUCUUGUUUUUCCUUAUGCUCUUUCUGCUCGGAUUCAGCACCGAAUUCGGCUUCCUUGAGGCUAUUAUUACUGCGUUCUCGGAUCAAUUCCCGAUUCUGCAUAGGAACAAGGGGCUCACAACAAUUGGGGUCUGCUUUGUCCUUUUCCUCUGUGGUCUGUCCAUGUGUACAAGAGUGAGCUUUCCUUACUACAGCAAUAUUAUUUUCCUACACCUAAUGCAAUCUCAAUUUUCAGAGUGGAUUCUACUACUUCAGCUUGGUGAAUAGCUAUGCAGCUGGAUUCUCGCUCAUUGCGUGUGUUUUGUUUGAAUCUGCAUUGAUCGCGUACUGUUACGGCCUCAAGAAAUAUACGGCUGAUCUCAGGUCGAUGUUUGGACCUCCAAAACAUUUGUUGGGAAAAAUUUUUGGGCCUACUGGACUAUACGUUAAGUUAAUCUGGCUUGUCGGAAGUCCUCUUCUGUGGGGUGUAAGUUUGUUCUCUUAUAUCGAAACAGGCCGUGAAUUACAUUUUCAACUUUAGUAUUUUCUUUCAAUUGUCCUAUUUCAGGGUAUGACCAUUGCUACCAUCUAUAGGCAGAUAUUCUACCGUCCGAGUGUCGGCAAGGAUUAUAGUCUUUAUUAUUUCCCCGAUUGGCUAGUGGCUAUUGGAUGGGUGAUCUCGGUCAUUCCUUUCUGCACCAUCCCCGGAUUCCUCGUCUACAAUAUUGUUCAGUUCCAGUGUCAGAAUAAGGUAAGAGUCUUUAUAUCUCCGUUUAAUUGUCAACUCCUGAUUUCAAUUUUUACUGUUAAAGCCACUCUCCGAGCUUUGGAAAUGUCAACCCAAAUGGCCCGCUUUCAAACGGCAGAGACCAGAGGAGUAUGAGAAAUUGAAGAAUGAGAGGAUGGUCGAUGAACAGGGGGAUGGAAAAGAGAAGGAAUCGAAGGAUGAAACAACCUCUUCCUAG